GCGGCGCGACUCGCACGGAAGGAGUCACGAGGCGCUGACACCAGCGCCGCCGCCGCCUCCUCGUCCUCCUCGUCCGCAAUGUUGCCGUUGCUGCUGCUGCUGUGGUCGCGUUAGUCGCCGAGACGCCGUGUGGACGAGGGGAGACAGCGGGCGGUGCUGGCGGCAGUGCCGCCCGCCUGUCCGCCUCGUGAGCACGCGGGUUCAUUGCCCAGAGGGCAGCGAGCGGCGGUCAGCAGCUGUUGGUCAGUCCCGGCACGAGUUGACGCCGAGUCGUCCGCAGUCGCAAGCCGCGGCCGGAGCAAAGUUUGAACACUCGGACUCGGAGCUCCUUUCACAUCACCACCACCACCACCACCAUCCCCCACCUCCUCCAUCACCCUCCUCCUCCACAACCUGCUCGCUCGCUCGCUUCCUCCUCCUCCGCCAUCGCUCGGGGAAGCAAUGGCAGGGCGCCUCGCCUCCGGCAAGACGCGGGGUGACGAGGAGGUGGACGAGGACGAGGACGAAGGCGGCGGCGACGACGAGGAGGAGAGGAGAGGAAGGCUGCGUCGCUGCGUCAUCUCCACCAUCGCCCGCGAGGCCGGCGUGUGGAGGACCACGGCGGGGGGAGAGCUCACGGCACCCGGUGAUGAGCGUGAUGAUGAUGAUGGUGGUGGUGGUAACGAUGUUGAUGAUGUUGAUGAUGUGAGCUCUGGCCGCGAUCACUCCGCCACAGCCGAAGUGAAACUGCGCCGCGGUAACGUGGCGGCCGCGGCGCGGCUCCGCGAGGAAGUGGCCAACUCCUGUGCGCCCGUACGCGGCGAUGUGGCGAGCCGCGAUGAUGUGGAGAGCCGCGUUGAGCCGCACGCAGCCGCCCACCUCUCCGCGCUCAGCCUGGAGACCGGCUACGACUCCGCGAGCUCCAUGGGCGACCUGCAGCACCUCGGGGAGUCUCCUGGCGAGAUGAAGGACGCAGCGGGGAGACGGAACGAGCCGGGAGAAGUCAUCGCCUCAGCCGGCCACGGGCACGAGGUGGAGCCGGUGGACAGCGACAGCGACGACGGUGGUGGCGGUGAUGAUGGUGGUGGUGAUGGUGGUGGAGAGUGCGGCUGGUCUGCGCGCGGCUGGGAGAGCGCCCCGCGCCACCUCCCCGAGCCGCUGGUGUUCGCGCCGUGCCGCGUGUGCCUCCUGCCCGCCGUGUGCGACCCCUUGGGCUGCUGCGCGGAGCCCGUGUGCGGGGAGUGCAUGCGCGCCUACUGCUCCACGCAGGUGCAGCUGGGCCGCGCGCGCGUGCGCUGCCCGACCCCCGAGUGCCCCGGCGCGCUGAGCGAGCGCGUGGUGCUCACGCACCUGGGCGCCGAGCAGGCCGCGCGCUUCUGCUACCUGCUUGCGCUGAGCCGCGCCGGCUCGCGCACGAGGCCCUGCCCGGGCUGCGGCCACCUCCUCACGCCGGGGGGAGGGGGCCCGGCCACCGCCGCCCGCGCCGGCGACGGGACCUCCUCCGACGGGGGCGACGCGGUGGAGGGGGGCUCCCUGCCGGCCCCCCACGGCAAGUUGGCCAAGCGCGGCAGCAGGAAGCGCAAGGACCGGCCCCCCGGCAAGGUGCAGUGCCCCAAGUGCCACGUGCUGUGGUGCUUCGCGUGCCACGCACCCUGGCACGAGGGUGUCAGCUGCAAGGAUUACCGCGGAGGGGACAAGCUGCUGCAGCGCUGGGCUGGGCAAGUGAACGUGCAGGGGCAGCGCAACGCGCAGAAGUGCCCUCGCUGCAAGGUUCACAUCCAGAAGACGGAAGGCUGCAACCACAUGAUCUGCUCGCAGUGUGAGACCAACUUCUGCUACCGCUGCGGCGAGCGCUACCGGGAGCUGCGCUUCUUUGGAGACCACAACACCAAGCACAGCGUCUUCGGCUGCCGCUUCAUCUACUACCCCGAGCGGCCCAACCUGCGGCGCCUCGUCCGCGGCGCGCUCUGUGGUGCCAAACUCUGUGCCACCCCCCUGCUGCUGGUCGCCAUUGUCAUAUUCGGAAUCCUCGCGCUGCUCGUCGGGAUCUUCGCGGGUCCUAUCUACCUGCUCUGCAAGUCUCGGCGCCAAACGCCCGUGGAGAUGUACGUGUGACAUCUGCAGGCCCGAUUGCGGCACCACCGCUCCUCUUACCCCCCUUCACGCUCAGUCCUGCACCGCUGCACCAUCACAUCCAAGGAUCGGUAUACUGGAUGUGGUGUGUCGGGGGCAGAAACAAUUUCCGAGUCGCUGGUAGACUCGGGGUAGAUGGUAGGUGACUUAGUAAAAGCCGCAGCGAAUAGCAAGAGGUCUGAUAGAUGUGAUGUGCCGAGUACAGACAUGUUUUGUGGAUUGGACUCAGCUAAAAUUGAGCCUCAUCAUCAUCACUCUCAUCAUCUUCACCCAGGAUCAUCAUUACCAUCAUCACUGUGAUCAUCAUCAUCCAAUCAUCAUCAACACCAUCAUCAUUUCCAUUCCUAUCGUCUCACAUAUCAUCACUAUCAUCUAUACCCAUCAUCAUACCGACUCAUCGAUAUCACGAGCAGCAUCACUCUAUGAUGCUGUAUCAACAGCGCUGGUGGUAUUAAUGAACUGCCCUCAUCAUGGAAAUGUGGAAUUUCCACCACUGGCUCGUGGACCCGAGUGGAGAUGAGGGUAGAGGGUCGCUUUGACCGUGUGCACACUACUAAAGGGCAGCAGACGGCAGCGCAUUAAUGAAUUCUUGAAUCUAUCUGUGCGGAGCCUCGUGAGCCAACCGUACGCCCGGCGCUGAGUGUUCUCCGGGGUUCUUCCACGCCAAACUCUCACCACUCAAGGGAUCACGGCCAAACCUCCCCACGUAGCAGCACCCUCCUGAACAACAAGCCCUGAGACUCGGUGAAGCUCCAGGUAAGUAGCUAAACAAACCGCACCGGUUGCAGCGUUAUCAUUAACAUCGGUUAAGUGUUUUGAUCACUCUGUGAGGGUGGGUGGUGGCCAUUGUGGGGGGCUCAGGAAGAUGCCCUUGACACCGGAAGAAGAAGCCUCUUCCUGUGGAGCCCAGGAGCAGCCACGCGGGCAGCGAGCAGCAAAAGGGCCUUGGAAACAGAAACACUUUAAAGGGCUCUCUGAUAUCACCGCCACCGCCGCUACCACCACCAUCAUCCUUGAUCAGUCCCCUGCUUCUGCUGCUGCUACUGCCAGAUGAAGGACUCCUUCCCAAAACACCGCCGCCACCGCCUCUCGCGUUGACGACCCUGCGGUGAAAGAGCCUCGACUCUUCCCCCGCCAACCGCUCCGCCGUCACGAUUCGCGACCACCCGUCGCGCCGAGGUCGCGGUGCCGCCGCUAUCAGUGAGCGUGCGAAGGCGCGGUAUCCAGGAGGAGAGCCAUGCCAUGGGAGCGGGCUGCUGCUGCUGCCAGCCGACCGCCGUACUUGCCUCGAGCCCUGCCAACAGGAGCUCAAUUCUCCUCUUGCACUUGACUUUGGAGUCAACACUGGUACAGAUGAGAAGUCCGCAGCACUGGAGAGUUUCUUUUGAACUUCGGGCCUCGAUGACAGCUCUUGUAUUGUUUUUUUAUUAUUAUUGUUACUGGAAGAGGAGGUGGUGGUAGUGAUGGGUGGGACACGUGGUUGGUUGUUUGCAAGGUGGCGUAAGUGGGGCAGAUCACCAAGAGGAGCAUUGCAGUGUAACCCAGAGUUCAGUGACUAAGGGGAAGAGAAGACAUAAGACCCGUCGACGAUGAUGACAAUGAUGAUGCCGUGGGAUCUGGCGGAAGGAAAGGAGCAAUGGCGAGGGUGUGCUUGAUAAUCACUGUCGUCACCGUGACGAACGCGACUGUGCCUUGACCCCUGUGUUUGACCCGCAACGCUGCUCGGGAUUGGGUGGCCGUGGUUCUAACGUGGGGGUGUAACGAUUCAUCGUCGUGGUGAUAUCCAGUAGGGGCGGGUCAACGAGUUACAACAACAAACAAUGCAAAACAACAACGAUAGGUGUGAAAAAUAGAGAAAAGCUAAACAAAUCACGAUAAAUGAAAAGAAAGUUUCUUAACUUGGCAGACCAUCAUUCACCUCCAUCCACCAUCUGUCCCCACACGUCCCAUCGGCCACAGCGGCCUCGUGAGUCACACGAGUGAACGAUCAGCGUCUCAUUAGCAGGGACCAGGCUUUGCCAGCAAACAGUCGCUCAAACAGAAAUUGGAUCAGUCAUGCUAAGGCGGCUACGGUUUAAUAAUUGUUUAGUUCAGUUUUUGGUUUGUCCAAUUACCAUUUACACAAAUCAUCAACAUUAUAAUUCCAACACCCACGACGUCUAUCUAACUGCGUGUGUGCGAAGGAAUUGAUCGUGCAUGAUUGACGCAUGUACCAGCAAAGUGUGGACUAAUCUCCACCUGUUCCAUCGGUAUGAGAUCGUAUGUCCCCCUCGCUCGCACGUGUGGGUUUUCUGAGGUUGCUCCGUUAUCAUCUCACGUGUAUGAAUUUGUAUUGGCCAAUUCUACCUUCAUAUAUAGAGGACCGCAGAGCUUGGGCAGUUGUUGGUAUCGCCGGCUCGUCACCACCGUGUGGCUGCUGCUGCUGCUGCUGCCUCCACACUCCUCGCCCGUGGUUCAUCCUGGUGCCUCUGAGCCGUCCCCUCUCCUGUGUGGCGGUGGCAAUGCGGCGUCACAGGGUGACAUCGUUACUCUCCAGUGCUGCAUGUGAUGAAAGCGUGGCGAGCUGUAAGAAUCGAUUUUCACUGCGAUUAACCAAUACUUAUUGUGGCUGUGGAUGGUGGGGUUGGGAGCAGGGAGGGUGGGGGGAGGUGGUUGGAGCAGGGUUGGUGGGGGGAAUUUGCAUUUGGAGAGCAGGGAUGAUGAAUCGCAAACCGGAAUAUUUCUCUGGGUUGCUGACUUAGAAGCCAUAGCAAAAAGCGAGAGGCAUACUGGAUGCAGUGUGCCGGGUCCUCGAAUAUUAUCCUCGGUCGCUGGUGGACUGGAACAGGUGGCACGUGACUGUUAGAAGCCUCAGCCCGUAGCAAGAGGAAUGUUGAAUGUGGUGUGCCGUGCUCUACACUGACCCAACCUGGCGAGACGUCUUGGGCUGCAGUGUUCUCACAGCCAGGCCUCGCGACUCCGCGGGUCGCCUGUCCACGUUGACCAAACCUCUCCUCUCCAAUGGACAGUUCAGUGGCUGCACGCUACACGUGCCUGAUGAUUGAGAAGCAAACCCCCACGCGGCCUACAGAGAGUGUGCAUUCAAGUACCGUAGAAGCGCCCUCUACGGCCCAUGGGACGACAGUGUCGUUGCAAGUGCAGUUAGCGAGCACCUAUUAAGGCCGUAAUGACACUCGAGGGGAUGGUGUGGUGAGCACCACGCUCGCAUCCCUUUGUCUCCCUGGUGCUGGUGUUUACAUGUGUUCACACAUCGCCAUCGGGCAAUUGUUUAAGGCCGAGUCGACCUAGGGGAGGCCCUAAUGCGGUCAAUAUAUCACUCGCCACUGAUCUUAUCUAUGGCCACCUCACGGGCUCGUAUCGUAGUGCGCUAACCGCCGUGCCACCGCUCCUCGUGUCACGCUGGACUCACAUGGGUGGGAUACAUCUUGAUGGGAAUGUGAGCUAUUGGAGUUCACCAACCAUCUGGUGUGGGCAGCGUGUAACGAUCUUGUAGAAUAUGUAACUGGACAAGAAGUUCGUAAACAUUGGGGGGAUGGGAAGGGGGUUGUGAGAGUGGUGGGGAGGGCUGACGUUUAAGAGACAGCUUAAGCAAGCAAACCUCAGCGGCUCGGUUUUAUAUCGCGUUGGUUAUAAGUGCAUUAUUAUUAUUGAUGAUUAUAAUUAUUUGAGAUGUGUGAAUAGCACCGAUCUGUGCCUUUGUCAUCCAGCUAAUAGCACGUGCGGCAAGGCGCAGCGGGCAGUGGGCAGCACUGCCCUCGUGGCUGGGCAAAUCUCCCCUCGUGCCGCGCAGCUUACCCCGUCUGGAAAGCCAAGCAGGGCUUGCCAGGUGUUGUAGACGCGGAGCUGAUGAGUGGUACCCCCUCGUACAAGCAGCGUGGGUUGUCUCCGGCUUCUGCGGUUGCCGCCCGCGGGAGGCCAAACUCUCACCAAUGGAAUUCGUGGCCAAGCAUCCCAAUUUUAGCAGCACCCUCUUGAAAGCGAGUCUGAGGUUUUUCUGGAUAAAUAAUUGACACUUAUUAUAAUGCGCGCUCACACACGCACACCUGGCUAGCUUUAGUAGGCAAGGCUUGAGGAGGCCGCGUAGGGAUACGGCGCUUUCUUUCCAAAACGUUAUAUCCGGACUCGCGGUUCUACGCUGUGGCAAGGUCUCAUCUCAGCUCGAACACCCGCCUCUCGCCCUGGCUGGAGACUUGCCAAAGCUCUACGCCGAACCUGGCCUCUCACACCCGGCUCGAGCCCAGCCCCCGCACCUGAACUCGCCCUAUCCGUAACCAUAGCUGUAACCAGUCUUAAAAUUAACGCUCACCCAACAUCUCUAUCCCUGACCAUGUAGCCAUAGUCCUCCCCGUAGCCCUGCAUCUCACUGUGGCUCUCAUCGUAACCUGCUGUCCGGGUCUGUGUCCCUACUAGGGCUGGGACAAUGUCUUAAAAGCCGAACGGGUGAUCCCGCGCUCUUGGCCGCCUGGGUUUCUGAGGUGCCCUGCACCUCAUAGCAGGAUUGCCCUGUCGUUUUCUCACAUUCGUUUUCUGCAUUUUCUUUUCUUAUGAAGUGAUCCAGCCUCUAAAUGGUUGAUGUUAGCCCCCCACAAAGACCACGCGUCACUGCCGCGUCUUUGGAACUGCAGACGCUGGCCGGACCGUUCUGUAAUGUUCCAAGUAAUUAUUUAUUUAACCAAGAAAGCCACACUGAAUCUGGACUACUUUUUUCAAGAGAAUCCUACAUUGGACAGGUUUGGCCAAUACCGGUUACUUUGCCAUUUUAGCGAUUCGCGGAAGCAGAAUAACACGGAGGAAACCGAUGCGUAACAGGGGGGGAGAACAUGCAAACUCCGUACAGCUCGGCGCCCGAGUCGAGAGUCGAACCCAGGGGCUUCUUGUCGUGAGGCUCACGCGUUGUGCGCACAGCGCCGCCGCCGCUUCCCUCCCGUGUGGGCGUCUCCGUCGUGGAACACGAAGCGAGCCACGCGGGAGGGGGGGGGGGGUGAGCCGAGAGCCCCGACGCGUGGAGCCGCCUGGGGUCGAUGCCAGAGCCGGGCGAGGGGACACUGGCUGCCUCUGCUGCCAUUCUUCGGUGUCUGUAUGCGGGUUGCCUGCUAUGUUAUUAUUCGUAUCUGUGUUGUUUUUUAGACUAAGUUUUGCACUAGAAAUCGCAAGGGCUGUAUGUGUAUAUUAAUAAGCACCGCCAAGCAUUUUUUGCACUGAAUUAAAGAUCGGACUGGGGUGUAUAGUACGUAUGUGUGUGUCUGUGUGUGAUUAUUUGUAGAAGUUAGCGCUACGCUACGAACCUGAUCACUUGACUUCCAUUCCCACUCACGGCCAACACCAGUGACGAUUAUUUGAACCGGUCCUGGGCCUCCCCUAGGUCAACUCAGUCUCAAAUGAGUAGCUGGUUGCCUGUGUAAACAUCGGUAUUGGGAAGACAAGGGUGGCCGGGCGUGGUGAUGGCCAUUCCACCGGCUCGUGCAAGCCUAAAUAAUGUGUGCUCGCUAACCAUACCUGCCCCUGCAGUCUGUGGGAGGCUGCGCGGGGCAUCUCUGUCGCUGUAUAUACGGCAUGCGUGUACGUGUAUGUGCGUAUGUCUGUCUAUGUAUGCGAACGUAACGCAUCUUGGCCAUCGAUUGCAUCCGUGAGCUCGAGGUUGUGGGUGAUUCAAUCUUUUGUUUUGCUGUCGGUAACAGUCACGGCGCGGACUGAGUGACCCUCUCAGCCUCAGGGUACAAACUUCAAUGCAAGACAAUGAUUAACACUGGAUGCCGAGGCUAACUUGAAACACUAAAGAGCCGUGCUCAUAGUCACGGCUCGGCUCAGACUCGAGACCCUCAACUGCUUCCAAAGAUCGCUUGAGCGAGCGGCUCAGCCGUGGCUGGUCCCAGGCUCACGGAAAUCCUCAGCGCGGCUGGGGCCGUUGCUCAGAGCCAGUUCAAGUUAAGCGCAUGGCUCAUUUGAGCCAGAGCCGGUCUUGAUACGAGCCGUAACCAAGUCUACGAUGCUAAGUAAGGGCAUCCCUGGCCAUACGCGCAGGGUCCGAUUGAAACCUCUGCUCCCAGGAUACCUGCAGAGCACAACUCAACUCCACCCUCUGGCCAGCAAGCUCCGGACGCUCGUGCAACCGCGAUUGUUCACACCGCCGUCUCGUGCUGCCGUCGCGCCGGGAUAGCGAGGAUGCGUGUGACGAGCGAGGCUCAAUCGAGCCGAGAUGCGGAAUGACCUUCAGUCGUCGCGCGGGGACUCCGUGCCACGAAGCCGCUGCCCGUGGUGCGCCCCAGUGGAGGAAAGUGUCGCCACGGUUGCGUCGUGAAGGUGAAAUAUUUAAAUAAAUAAACCGCCAAAAAUAUGCGGCCCUGA